CCGGCGGGGUCCUGCGGAGUUGGCGGAGGCUCCUCAGGGGACUGGGGGACCGAUCUGCGUAGACGCGGGUGGCGGGGAAGAGAGGGGAGGAGAGCUCUGAGUGGGAAGCGGAGCCGGGGGCCUGGGACCCGUCGCGUCAGAGCCAGGCAAGUGAACCGGAGCAAACGACUUCCGAUCCAGUCUGCGCUGCUGCGGCUCCCGUUUGGGAUUUGAUUUGCAGCAUCUUCGAGGCUGUGCAACAAAAAACCGCGAAGCACGCCCAGCCCUCCCCCGGCACCCCGAUACGCAUCCACUCCCUCCCGGGGACCCAGCUGGGCGAGUCCACAUCCCCGCGCCCCCCACACCAUGUUGUGCGGAAGGACUUCCACUCCCCGCCUGUGUCGUUGAUGUCAGACCCCAGGCCAGCCUCCGGGCGCUGCAGUUCUCCCGGCUAAUGCUGAGGCUGCGGCUUGGGCUCUAGCACAGGAACCAACCGCCGCCGCGCCGGCCCCAGCGCCCACCGUCUGCAUGUGUCCGCCGUAGCCGCCUGCCCAGCCCGCAGCCCGCGCUCCCCGGAGCGCUGGAGACCACCGCGGGGGGCCCCUUCUGCCUUUUGGAGAAGCGAUCUUGGAGGUAUUGAUUUCGGUGGUUGGAUUUUUCCCGUGGAUUUAUCAAUUCACAAUUCGAAUUUGGAAGAAAGAAGGAAAACAUGACGUCUCCAGCCAAAUUCAAAAAGGAUAAGGAGAUUAUAGCAGAGUACGAUACUCAGGUCAAAGAGGUUGAAGAGGAGUCCAGGCAGAGAAAGGCAACCUUGAGAAGGUGUACCAUUUGGAGAGCCGUGGGAGACAGAUCCGUGCUCAGCUCACAGAGCAGAUGAAAUGCCUGGACCAGCAGUGUGAGCUCCGGGUGCAGCUGUUGCAGGACCUCCAGGACUUCUUCCGGAAGAAGGCUGAGAUCGAGAUGGACUACUCCCGCAACCUGGAGAAGCUGGCAGAGCGCUUCCUGGCCAAGACGCGAAGCACCAAGGACCAGCAGUUCAAGAAGGAUCAAAAUGUUCUCUCUCCAGUCAACUGCUGGAAUCUCCUCUUAAACCAGGUGAAGCGGGAGAGCAGGGACCACACCACCCUGAGUGACAUCUACCUGAAUAAUAUCAUUCCUCGAUUUGUCCAAGUCAGUGAGGACUCAGGAAGACUCUUUAAAAAGAGUAAAGAAGUCGGCCAGCAGCUCCAAGAUGAUUUGAUGAAGGUCCUGAAUGAGCUCUACUCGGUCAUGAAGACAUAUCACAUGUACAAUGCCGACAGCAUCAGUGCUCAGAGCAAGCUAAAGGAGGCGGAGAAGCAGGAGGAGAAGCAAAUUGGAAAAUCCGUAAAACAGGAGGACCGGCAGACCCCACGCUCCCCUGACUCCACAUCCAACGUCCGCAUUGAGGAGAAGCAUGUCCGGAGGAGCUCAGUGAAGAAGAUCGAGAAGAUGAAGGAGAAGCGCCAAGCCAAGUAUACAGAGAAUAAGCUGAAGGCCAUUAAAGCCCGGAAUGAGUACUUACUGGCUUUGGAAGCAACCAAUGCAUCUGUCUUCAAGUACUACAUCCACGACCUGUCUGACCUUAUUGAUCAGUGCUGUGACUUAGGCUACCACGCCAGCCUGAACCGCGCGCUACGCACCUUCCUUUCCGCUGAGUCGAAUCUGGAACAGUCAAAGCACGAGGGUCUGGACGCCAUCGAGAAUGCUGUAGAAAACCUCGAUGCCACCAGUGACAAGCAGCGCCUCAUGGAGAUGUACAACAAUGUCUUCUGUCCACCUAUGAAGUUUGAGUUCCAGCCACACAUGGGGGACAUGGCUUCCCAGCUCUGUGCCCAGCAGCCCGUCCAGAGUGAGCUGGUACAGAGAUGCCAACAACUACAAUCUCGCUUAUCCACCCUGAAGAUUGAGAACGAAGAGGUAAAGAAGACAAUGGAGGCCACUCUGCAGACCAUCCAGGACAUUGUGACCGUCGAGGAUUUUGAUGUGUCCGAUUGCUUCCAGUACAGCAACUCUAUGGAAUCCGUCAAGUCCACCGUCUCAGAAACCUUCAUGAGCAAACCCAGCAUUGCCAAGAGGAGAGCCAACCAGCAAGAGACAGAGCAGUUCUAUUUCACGAAAAUGAAGGAGUACCUGGAGGGCAGGAACCUCAUCACCAAGCUACAAGCCAAGCACGACCUUCUCCAGAAAACCCUGGGAGAGAGUCAGCGGACAGAUUGCAGUCUGGCCAGGCGUAGCUCAACUGUGAGGAAACAGGAUUCCAGCCAGGCAAUUCCUUUGGUGGUAGAAAGCUGUAUCCGGUUUAUCAGCAGACACGGACUACAGCAUGAGGGAAUCUUCCGAGUGUCAGGAUCGCAGGUGGAAGUGAAUGACAUCAAAAACGCCUUUGAGAGAGGAGAGGACCCCCUGGCUGGAGACCAGAAUGACCAUGACAUGGACUCCAUAGCUGGCGUCCUGAAGCUUUACUUCCGGGGGCUGGAACACCCUCUCUUCCCCAAGGACAUCUUCCAUGACCUAAUGGCCUGCGUCACAAUGGACAACCUGCAGGAGAGAGCUCUGCACAUCCGGAAGGUCCUCCUGGUCCUGCCCAAAACCACUCUGAUUAUCAUGAGAUACCUCUUUGCCUUCCUCAACCAUUUAUCACAGUUCAGUGAAGAGAACAUGAUGGACCCCUACAACCUCGCCAUCUGCUUCGGGCCCUCGCUGAUGUCAGUGCCUGAGGGCCAUGACCAGGUGUCCUGCCAAGCCCACGUGAAUGAGCUGAUCAAAACCAUCAUCAUCCAGCACGAGAACAUCUUCCCAAACCCUAGGGAGCUGGAGGGCCCCAUCUACAGCAGAGGAGGGAGCACGGAGGAUUACUGUGACAGCCCUCACGGAGAGACUACCUCGGCUGAAGACUCAACCCAGGAUGUGGCCGCAGAGCACCACACAAGUGAUGACGAGUGUGAGCCCAUCGAGGCCAUUGCCAAGUUUGACUACGUGGGCCGGACAGCCCGAGAGCUGUCCUUCAAGAAGGGGGCAUCCCUGCUGCUCUACCAGCGGGCUUCCGACGACUGGUGGGAAGGCCGGCACAAUGGCAUCGACGGACUCAUCCCCCAUCAGUACAUCGUGGUCCAAGACACCGAGGACGGUGUCGUGGAGAGGUCCAGCCCCAAGUCUGAGAUUGAGGUCAUUUCUGAGCCACCUGAAGAAAAGGUGACAGCCAGAGCGGGGGCCAGCUGUCCCAGUGGGGGUCAUGUAGCCGAUAUUUAUCUUGCAAACAUCAACAACACCUUACAUCUUGAGAACUCAAAGCCCACGACCACCAAGCAAAGGAAGCGGCCAGAAUCUGGGAGCAUCCGGAAAACAUUUCGGAGCGACGGCCAUGGGCUGAGCAGUUCCCUGACUGAUUCCGCCUCCCCGGGGGUAGGGGCAAGCUGCCGCCCAUCUUCCCAGCCCAUCCUGAGCCAGAGUCUCCCCAAGGAAGGGCCAGAUAAGUGUUCCAUCAGUGGGCAUGGGAGUCUCAACUCCAUCAGCCGUCACUCAUCCCUGAAGAAUCGGCUGGACAGUCCACAGAUCCGGAAGACGGUGACAGCAGGCAGGUCAAAAAGCUUCAAUAACCACCGGCCCAUGGACCCUGAGGUCAUUGCACAGGAUAUUGAGGCGACCAUGAACUCUGCCCUGAACGAGCUGCGGGAGCUAGAACGGCAGAGCAGCGUCAAGCACACCCCGGACGUGGUUCUGGACACCUUGGAGCCCCUCAAGACCUCCCCUGUGGUGGCCCCCACAUCAGAGCCCUCCAGUCCCCUGCACACUCAGCUCCUCAAGGACCCUGAGCCCACCUUCCAGCGUAGCGCCAGCACUGCUGGGGACAUCGCCUGCACCUUCCGGCCUGUCAAGUCUGUCAAGAUGGCGGCCCCAGUCAAGCCGCCAGCCACACGGCCCAAGCCCACUGUCUUCCCCAAAACAAAUGCCACUAGCCCCGGUGUCAACUCCUCUGCCUCCCCACAGUCCACUGACAAGUCUUGUACUGUCUGAGGGAUGUAAUUUAAUUGUUCUAGACAAGGGGACUGGAGGGACUGACUGUUAUUAAAAUCUUCCUAUUUAACUAGCUUGGGGACUUCAGUUGAAAAUUAGGUUCUAAGUUGUUCUUGCAGGAAUUAGCCUCCCCAUCACCCAAAACCUUGAGAAUGAAGCCCUCAUUAUCGCCCAGCCCUCCCCCACCCUUCCCGCUACCUUCUGCUUCCCCCAGUUGUCGUAAUCCAGCCAGCUACAGUACAUACUGUUCUUAGGUUAGCCAGAGGUAGGUUUUCCAUUAUCAGGUCACUGUGAAAUCUGGCAAGGCAAGUCACAGGGCCGUGGGCUGAAGUCUCAGUCCCCUCAGACACAAGGGAUGCCUAACCAGAUGGCUGGCUGCUGACGGCCAGCUCUCAGUGGCAUCUUGUUUUGGGUACUGAUUAUAGAGAAUCAUAUACAGUUCAUUCUCUGUUUUACACACACACACACACACACACACACACACACAACUUUUUCUAGUCUCUGGCAUGUGUAGCCUCUCCUGGUCCUAGAUAGACUGGUCUCUUUGUAAGCUAUUGUGGCAGUUCACACAGGAGCCACCAGGGGUCUCUGUUUCCGUUACAAAUCUCAACUCUGUCUGGGCCAGAGAACCUAGCCUUUGACUCUCUCCACCGUGUGAAAUUUAGCAGGAUGGGACUCAAUCCUGUAAACUGUUUGGGGUUGGGGGCUUUCUCUCUGUCUUCUUUCUAUUGGUGUGAAUUGAUCAUUGGUGUUUGCUUUUGCUCUCCUCCAUUCUCUGGAACUACAACCCAAUCUUCUUACAGAACUUCUAAAGUUUUUCUGAAUGUAUAGACAUUUCUCGGGUUCCUAUCUUUGUCUCUGAUGUACCGUUUUCCAUUUAAGACAUUUUCCUGUAUAAGACAGUUUUAUAGUUGGUUGCUUUUAGGGUAAAGAGGCUUAAGACAGUUUUAUUGUGUUUUUGGCAGGUUUGGAAAAGGUAAGAAAUGGGUCCUUCCUCCCACUUUUUUGGGUACUUAAGACAUAAAAUUCAUAAUCCUAUUAAAAAUUAAAUUCAGCUUUGCUAAUCCUAAAAUUGUUCCCAAAUGAAAAUGUAUUCUAAGUUUAUCCCCUAGUUGGGUUAUUCCAUAAGUCCUCUCUUCAGGGACCAGCGGGGGCUUAGGGAGCUCUAGUUAGAUUAAAGAGAGACAUUGCUCCUUAAAACUGGUCUUCAGGGGCUUCCCUGGUGGCGCAGUGGUUGGGAGUCCCUGCCAAUGCAGGGAACACGGGUUCGUGCCCCGGUCCGGGGGUUCCCACAUGCUGCGGAGCGGCUGGGCCCGUGAGCCAUGGCCGCUGAGCCUGCGCGUCCAGAGCCUGUGCUCCGCAACGGGAGAGGCCACAACAGUGAGAGGACCGCGUACUGCAAAAAAAAAAAAAAAAAAACUGGUCUUCAUUUAUCCAGACAAGCACAACUAAGAGAACUCUUUGCCCCACAGGCUUUAAAGUCUUUCCAAGGCCCGAAUCUAAGAAAAUCAAAAAUUGGAUGCUGAAUAUUUUGGCCUUCCUUCGGCUAUUUUUCUGGUUCACCUCCAAAAAGCAAAAAUAAUACCCUUGUCUGCUUUAAUUUGCUUUCCAAAUCUGGUGCCCAUGGUCCCAGCUCCCCUAACAUCAUGCUAUCCCAGGAGGACCAGGGCUGGGGACAGUCAAACCCCAGCCUCAUGGGUCUCAGACAACUACUUGAGUUAAAGUUGAAACUCAUUCCUCUUCUCUGUUUUCUGGUUUUAAAGCUGUGCUUUUUGCCUUAUUUUCCACAGUUUAGGAGAGAUAGCGGGUUGCCGUUCAGAUAGGAAAAUCUGAAUUUUCUUAUCUUUGGCCCAGAAAAUGCUCUUCAGACCAACAUUUUGAAGUUGGUAGUUGGCUCUAUGGAAAGCGGUAGGAUUUUCCUCCUUUUGUGUGAAGGAAAAGAGAAGCUUUGUAGGAAGUUGCUAGUUAGAAAAGUCGCCUGCAACACCAGGAAAACCAUCCCAAGAGCCAGGAGGGAGAGAUGAAGAACUCCUUCAGUGCGUGUGUCAACCUGUGAGAGGCAACCCACAGUCCUCCGCAUCCUUGGCUUUUGUUGAUCUGUUUAGUGGCCUGUCCUUGUCUGUCACCUGGACUUACACAGGUCCUGAGCCAAUAGGGGCCUUUCAUACCCAAGGAUCUGUUUCCUUGCUGGAAAUGAAACCCUACCCUUCACUUGACAUUCCUUUUGAUCCAACUGGUCAAAAUUGGUGCCCAUACCUGCCCUUUUCCUCUUUUUCCGGCACAUCCUUCUCUAAGAAAGGAAAGGCAAAGCUCCUUAAUGACAACACCUUGGGCCUGUUCUGUUGCUCCUGCCUUGUUUCUCUUUCAGCCCUGUACAUGACUUGCAUUCACCAUCCCCUCGGUCAGUGUCCAUCUGCUGAUUUGCAUCAUGAACUGGACAGUGUGUGAGAGGUCACCUGCUACCCCCGCUCUGGGAGCCGAGUUGUCUUCCCCUCUCUGGUGCUCCUGAAACCUGUGAGAUGGUCCUGUCCAGAGGACUAGGAACCCUAGGAGGAGAGUCCUUCUCGGCAGAGCUCCUUGCAAUCAACUGGAAUCGAGGUUGCACACUGUGAUUUUUACACCGAAAAGCCAAACGGAGCUGGCCACCCAGGGCCUAGGGAGACCAGUCUUCCUCGGAUAUGCUUCCUAAACCAGCAUGAUGCUUCGAAGAACCCCAAUCUGCCCCUGGAGGCAUGGAUCCUUUUCCCGGUGUGGACUCUGAUGGUCAAUCUUUGGGAAGCAGAGGUGGGGCGGGGCUACCAGCAUCCCAAUUUGGAAAAGAGAGGAGUUUGCAGCCAGCAGCCUGUAAACUGGAAACACUGGUCUCAGCCAACCUCCUCAGGGUGCCCUGGUUUCUCCCCAAAGAGAUGAGAGAUGAUGCCAGCAACAGGAUGAACAGACCACUGGAAGGGCUGGUGUAUAUGUACUUCACGUUCAGAAGAGAAGUUAGAUCUUCCAGGGAAUUGCAAUUUUGUGGCGUCUGACUUGUAUGUCACGUUUGUGUAAAAUGGUAUAUUCUUUAAAAUAGUGUUGAUAACUGGAAUAUUGUAUGUAUGCUUGGAGAUGCUUUGUGUGAACCUAAGACUGUCACUCAACAGAUGUUGGAUUGGGGAAAAUCCAAAGCACAACUUCGAAAUAAAAUACGUUUUUAGGUUUC